ACCUAACCUGUACGGAACGAUCACGAGACUACGGAUAAAGCUAAACGAUGUUAUUGAUGGAACUUACAAGUGUCAACGGUGAUUCCUUUCGAGUUUCCGAAACAGAACCCUGAAAAAGAUUUCGAAAACCUUCUGCAAUGCCGCACCCGUGCGUAGUUUGCGGUCGGUCCCGGAUGAACCCCAACAAUAGAGAGGAAGAAUACAUGUUUUUUGGUUUUCCUGUAAACGACGAAACCCGGUGUAGAAGGUGGCUUGAAUUUUGUUGCCGAGAAGAUCUUUACAAACUCACCAAGAAGCAACUGCUCCAGCGGAUGGUAUGCUCAAAGCAUUUUGAACAGAGAGACUUUUUGAAUUCGUACUUUGAUCGACUCAACUGUGCUGCUGUCCCUACAAUAUAUGACCCUAAACAGUCCCUCUAUAAUAUUACUUGCGUUUUGUGUGGCAGAUCUCGCAGAGAUCCUCCUAGCCUUACCUAUGAUGGAGCUUCCUUCCAUCAUUUUCCAGGGGAAGAGUUCAGGUGCUUAAAAUGGCUUGACUUUGUUGGAGUUGACUCGUACUACAGGCUCACUAGAAAAGAGAUUCUCUACUGCUACAUCUGUUCCAAGCACUUUGAUCGAUCUCAGUUCAUGAAAGGAUACCGUUGCCGGCUAUCUGACAAUGCUGUUCCAAACAUAAGAUAUCCUGAUCAAACUGACAGAUCUGAACCUUACAUGAUAGAACUCAUCCCGGAACCUAAAUUAUUUCAUUACUUGGAUAAAUCCAAGAAGCCAGAACCACUGCCCCUCGUUGUUCGUGAGAGUCAAGCUUGUGCAGCUUGCGGGCGUUCCAGAUCUGACCCCAAAAAUAAAGUGGAUCGAUACAAGUUUCACCCAUUUCCUGCCUAUGAAAUUGGCCGCUGCUUGAGAUGGUGUCAAUUCCUUGGGAGAGAAGACUUGCUCAAAAUGUCCCCGAACCAAAUAAGAAAGCUGGUCUUAUGUUCUAAACAUUUUCAAAGCGGCCAGAGCUUUCAUCGUGUUGGCCCUUGUGACGCUGUUCCUACAAUACGAGAUGUUCCGGAGCCAGACCGAACCGAACAUCUUUCCAAUAUUCGUUCUGAUCUUGAAAGUAUGGACGAAGAAGAAUGUGCAGUCAUGGCUAGGGGCACCAAAAAACAAAUGAGCCCCAGGCCCUUGGUUUCGAGUAAAAAGCCAAAAAUCGAAAACAAACCUGCCCCUUUGGCAAAGAAACGUGGAAAAUCUAGGAGGCCAACUCUGAUAAAUAUUCCGAGACCAGAUCCAAAGAACAUCGAGAACAGAAUUAUCAGGAAACUUCCUUUGCCUCCGAAUAAUAACUGGAAAGUAUUUCAGGCGGGUACCAUGCAGCCGAUAACCAUCGCUAAUAAUUUAUCUGGUUCUACAGCUGAUGGGAAGAAAGUGAUCCUUCCUUUCACUGGCGAUUUAACUAAUUUGGGAACGCCAAUUCCUGUGCAUAGCCUGUCGAGUAUCCCGCCUGGUUUAUUAAUUAAAAUAAAUCUUCCUGAUCAUGGGAAUAAGCAAGUAUCAGCUGCACGCAAUCAGGAAGAUAGCAAAAGCCAGAAUUUAUCAACCGUUACAACACUGAACAACCUGCAAUUUGUUCAAUGCACUCCACUCAGUGUUAAAAAUGGACAGAAUCCCACCAUUGUACAGAAUUCGAGUCGUCAAGAAUUUAACGAACAAACGGAGCAAAAUUUCACUGAAUUCCUAUCAUUUUCUCCAGAACCUGAAGAGACUGUGAAUUAUGAAGAACUGGAAGUUCAGGAUGAGGCGAUUUUGCCACAUGAGUUGCAAGAUCAGAAUGAGCAGGUUCUGGAUAUCGAAGAAGCAAAUGUCAAAGAAGAAUAUUACUACGAGGAAGCGCAGGACCAAGAACCAGAGUACGUACAGAGAAAAAAGGUCAGGCAGAGAAGAAAGCUAUCUGCACUUGCACGGAAGACUCUUCUACCAUUGAAAAGUGAGAUCAGAUGGUUCCUGCGUAGACUUGCACCACGUAUGCAACGACUUCCAAAAAAAGCUAGGGCACAGUUGAAACUAUCUAUUGUAAAUAUGGUGAUAGAUAAUUUAUAAGGCUAAUUCUUUUUCAUUUAUUAUCAUCUGUUGAAAAAAUAUUGCAUUGAGUUUCCAAAAAUGCGAUGCACUUGCAAGCGUAGCUAAAAUUUGAAGUUAAAGGAUCAGAUUGGUUAAUUUGACUCACAGUUCAUUAGGAAGAAUAGAAUUAUGUUCUUUGACUACCACGUCGAUUCAGUUUGAGAGAUUUGGAGCUGAAUAAUUUUGCAAUAAAUCAGGGUUGAGAGGCAAAUUGAUUUGCUUUGAUUUAAAUAUUGUAAAUACUUGUGGCAAAUCAAUCGAUGCAAGACGGCUGGAUGAUUUCGAAACCUUAGCCUUCUAACUUUAAGUUAAUUAUGGAAUAACGGAUUCACCUCCGAACUUAAAAUAUUUUUUUAAUUAACUAAGAAAUGUAAAAAGUUAUCAUUAGCUGUAGUUUGUGGUGUCGAAGUUCGUACUUUUUGUUCUAUACCCCCAUCUAAUCUAUAAUAGAUUAAAAUUGUAUAUCCACGUAGCAUUAUAACAUAAAAUAUAUUGAUUGGUUAUCCUACUUUUGCCAAAAUCUGUGUCUCUGACUUUAUCCGGAAUGUUCUCAACAAUUAAACAAAAGACUCAAUUCUUUCUAUAGAAAAUGAGUAUGCAUGCAACUUAUACAAACGAUAACAUAGAAACAAUUCUAAUAUUCGACAAGAAUAAACAUUUUUGUAAAGAAGCAUA